AAGGAAACAUGCAAAGCUAACCGAACGGGCAACAACAGCUAUGUAAGGGAAGUCGACAAUAGUCUAUGGGCCAUUUUGAACGAUGCAUUCGCGUCCCGCGCCGGUCUUAGUCGCGAGGUGAUUUUGGGCACUAAUCUGGACAACGACGAUGAUGCCAGUGCGGAAAAAUCGGAAGCUUCAGCAAACCAGUUCCAAGAAUCGACAGCUAUGCUACAGCGGCAGCACGAACCGACACGGCGCUUUCGGGAGAUGCAGCUGCAAUUAUUGAAGCGGUUUGUUGACCGACAGUAA